UAUGUCAUGAGUCACAACUGUAAUGAAUAAAUUAAAAUUCCUUUAUUUUGAACUCAGGUUUAAAAGCUUCGCUUCGGUUAUUUACAACAAACGUUACGCAGUGUAAAGACUUGUUUUAUGUGCAAAAUUUAUUCAGUCAUUUGAGGAGAAAAUACUAAAUACUUGCCAUGAAAUACUAGUAUAUAGGGGGAUUUAAGUACGCUAUACGGAAAUUAAUUAUAUCAAAGUGUUUGCAGUUCAAUAAUAACACGAAAAUAAAAAAAAAAACAUCAUGUGGGAUAAAUUUAUUUAUGUUUUUGUGAUUACUUUGUCAACGUACAUUUUAAAACAGCUUUUCUCAGAGACUCCUAAUUUUAUAAAAUACAAAUCGAAAUUCCUGAUAUUUUAUUUCACUGCUUCAGUGGUUUCAUUAAUUUUAAUGCCAUUCUUUGUAUUCAACCCGAAAAAUGUUAUGAAUUCAUUAUUUGGUACACAAAUAAUAAAACAUGUAACCAAAGUUAUUGAGGUCAAAUGGUUUCUGAGAAACGGAAAAGUUUUAGCUGAAGACAGGGGAGCUGUUAUUGUAUCCAAUCAUCAAUCUUCCCUUGAUAUUCUUGGUAUGUUUAAUAUUUGGCAUGUAGCUGUUAAAAUAGCAGCUAUUGCAAGAAAGGAAAUAUUCUAUGUAUGGCCAUUUGGAUUAGCAGCGUACCUUGCGGGAGUCGUAUUUAUAGACAGAAAUAAUUCUAAAGAUGCAUACAAACAACUUAAAAUUACAUCCGAUGUGAUGAUUAACAACAAGACAAAGAUAUGGGUGUUCCCUGAAGGAACAAGAAACAAGGACUUUACAACGCUAUUGCCAUUUAAGAAAGGUGCCUUCAACAUAGCAGUUGCUGCCCAAGUGCCAAUACUGCCAGUUGUCUUCUCACCUUACUAUUUUAUAAAUUCAAAGAAAUUCAUAUUCAACAAAGGUCACGCUAUCAUCCAGUGUUUAGAGCCAGUGCCAACUGAAGGAUUAACAAUGAACGAUGUCCCCGAACUCAUUGUUAAAGUACGGACCAUGAUGGAGAAUGCAUACAAGGAGCUAUCUAAGGAAGUGCUCAGUGCUUUACCCCCUGACUACCCUCUUGCGACAAUGGACUGAUGAUUUGUGAGUUAGAAUAUUUUUUUAUAAUGUUCUAUAGGUUUGAAUUAAUAUUUUUUGAGAUACAUUCUUAAUACCUUUUUCUUAGGAAUUCUCCUUUUCUAAUUGAUGAAGAUUUAAAUAUGCAGAUAGGUGAUUAGCAAAAUAUUUAGAAAGAGUU